AUGACACGAUUAGUAAAGGGCAAAGAUCUCCCCGUUCUAUACCUGGCAGUUGGCGGCUACAGUGACGGGGCGGGAGGGUCGUGGAAAGAUGCAGAGAACGACGACGAAUACUUCCGCGAAGCCAUUGCGGAAGAGUAUAUGAGGCGCCUGGGAACCAACAGCUAUACCAUGCGAUACACUCUGCAGCAGCUGCCCUCCGGUUACUCCGGAUGGGUCAAGAACCGCGACCAGCAAGCGACCAGAUGCACCCACGGACAUCCCGCCGGCAGAUUCAACACAACAUUGGACAUCACCGACCACUUCGAGUACCUGCAGCGACGAAGCGUUCAGGGCGAAAGCUGCGCUCCGUGCGUCUGCUGGAGAUGCCGCAAGCUGAAGAAACGGGAGACGAGGACUCGGACGCAAGAGGAAAAGAACGACUUGAUACAAGUACAAGAGCAAUUGCAGGAGGCGUCUGGAUUGGGAUCAAUUCAGGAAAACAUUUCUGUCGGAUAUGCGGCACAACGAAAGAUCGAGCGAGAGACCGCUGCAGCACAAAGCGCAUAUGGCCAGCAACCAGUGCCAGCCAGCGCCGACGAGCACAGCCAGGCUCAAAACUACGGAUUCGGAGAGCAGAGCGCCAUACCCGCGUCGGACUCUAUUCCAUACGAGUACGACCAGAACACCAAUGCGCAGCCCCAGGGCAAUAUCAACUCCCCGCCGCCAGCCCAGUAUGGUCUGGGACCGGAGGGCUUCAUUCAAUACGAAAACCCCGACGCCUACUACAAACCGCCUCCGGGUCCGUACGAUCUAUGGUGCCCCGACUGUGACCGAGUGCACAACUACACCCGGCCAUGUUCGGAGUUCAGAUAG